CUGCUUUAUGUAUACUUUUACAACCAGUGUUCACGUUACGGCCCAUCACGCUGCCGCCGCCCGCCUCCUGCCACCACUCACACCUGCGCCACCUCACCUGCCCCUCACACGGCCCCCAUGGUCCUUCAAGGCCCUUCGAGGCCCCGCCUCUUCCCUCUCAGCGUGAGGCGCCUUCAGCCUCGUUAUACCCUCAGGUUGCCCCGUCGGCCGCCGAGGACGCCGCGCCCCAGACACCCCGGCACACACCCCGGGUACGUGUCCUCAGUUCAUCCACCAGGCAGCCGUUGAACCUUCCUGGGCAGUGUUCUUAUUGGCGAAGUCAGGCACACGUUCACCUUAACAAGUCAGUAAGGGAGAGAGAGGUUACCUGGGCAGCUCCUCGUCCCCGGGUGAGGGUUAGGGAGGCUGCCACACUACAAACCAACGGUAACAUCACCUGAGCCGCCCCCCAUGUAAUUUGUCAAAGAGGACGUGAGAGAGUGAGCGGUUACCUGUGUUGAUUCUCGUCCCCCAGGUGAGGGUGCGGAGGCUGCCACACUGCAACCAACGGUCGUGAUGGCGGGCGCGGCGAGGCGUGUGUGCGGCACUGGUCUGGUGGCGGGCGCGCGGGGGCGAGCAGCAAACCACAGCGGCAGCAGCAGCAGCAACAGGAGAAGAAGAUGCGGCGUGGGCGUUGGCCUCACUGUGCUGUGGGUGGGGCUGACGGUGGGGCUGGCGCAAGGCUACCCUCAGAACGGCGUGAUGGGCGUGGGCGUCUCCAAAGUGACCAAGUGCCCCAGCAGCCUGGACAUUGCCCCCUGCACUUGCCGGGAGAUGAAAAAAGGCAAGGACACCGGCCUUGACAUCGUUUGCGAUAACACGGACCACAAACAUGUUCGUAACGCCCUCGACAUCCUCAAGAAUAAGCCAGCCGAGAUUUACUGGAUGAAGUUCCGCAACUGCAACCUGCCUCGCAUCACCGACUACGUGUUCCUGGGCCUCGACGUGCGCCACCUCAACAUCAUCCGCAGCAACGUGAGCGCCAUCGAGCGGGCCUCCCUGUCAGCUUUGGGCGGCACCCUCCUCACCCUCGACCUUGCCAACAACAAGAUUCGCGAGGUCCCCACGAGGGCGCUGGGGAUGCUGAAGAAGCUCACGUUCCUGAACCUCAACUACAACCCGAUAUCAGUGCUGAACGAGGGCGCCUUCGACGGCCUGGUCAUGCUGGAGCGCCUCUCCCUCUACGAUAACCACAUCACGCACAUCAACGACAAUGCUUUCAAGGGCAUCGGCAGGAAGCUGAUGCGGCUCAACCUGGGCAAGAACAAGUUGAAGUACAUCCCAACUGACACCUUCCACCCACUCACCAACCUUGAAGUGCUCGACCUCCACGAGAACCGCAUCAGCCAGAUUCCAGAUGGUGCAUUUGAGGGUCUUCGCAAGCUGGACAUGCUGAAGCUGGAACACAACGAGAUCAAAACCAUCCAGGCCAACGUGUUCAGCGAUCUCACGGUGCUCAACUCCCUCAACAUCGAGCACAACCUCAUCGCUAACAUCAGUGACCGAGCAUUUGCAGGAUUGGAGAGUAACCUGGAAUGGCUGGAGCUGGGCCACAACGCGCUGGACCACAUCCCCUCACACGCCCUUCGCCCACUCCACAACUUGAGGCAACUUGACCUGGAGUCCAACAACAUCUCAUACGUGCAGGAGGACGCCUUCAAGGGCUACGGCGACACCGUCAAGUACAUCCUGCUGGACAAGAACAACAUCAAGAGCAUCCCGCCGCUGGCCUUCAUGGAUCUUCACUCGCUGGAAUGGCUCAAGCUCUCCUACAACGACCUCACCAGCCUCACCGAAGACACCGUCCAGCCCAUCCUCGACACCCUCACCAUGAUCGACGUCUCGCAUAACCCUCUCCAGUGCAGCUGUGACUUGUUGUGGCUAUGGAGGUGGCUCAGUAACCCCAACAACCGCGAGACCGUCAUAUCGUCCAAUGAUCACAUAUGUAUCACAAAGGACCGUAAAUCCCACCCUAUCGAGCAUCUCCCAGUGCAACAGUUUGACUGCCCCAGACACGUUCCCAAUGAAAUGGUGCCGCCUGUGCCUCAGGCCACCCCUCACAUUUGGCCCACAACACCUGAAAACACGACGUCCGGGUACUCAGUAGGCAGCGGCACAACAAGAUCUCCUGACGGCGCGGCGGUGAUGGUCUGCUCGCCCAUCCUCGUGGCUGCCGGCAUCGCCUCCGUCGUCUUAACGGACAACGCGUGGCAUUAGUCUGCGUGAGCCCCGGGCCACGGUCUGCCUGGCCUUGGGUGCGGCCCGCGGCGGGGAUGCUGCUUCAAGGCAACACUAUCGCUCCUAAGAGGAUAUUUCAUGUCUAUCCACUAAUUACUGGCUACCUUGACAGCACUCCAUACUGAACAGUGUAUCCAAGAGUGGACAAGUGACUGAUUGUAGCAAAGAGUGCUUCAACAAAGUGAGGAGAGCAAGUCUGUCUUGUGACUGUGGCAGCACCAUGCACCAGGUCAGCAUGCAGUGCGCUACUGCCAAGACGACGAUGACGACGACGACAACAACAACAACAACAACAACAACAACAACAACAACAACAACAACAACAAAACUGCUACAAUUACAAGUACUACUUCCAUUACUUCCAUUACUGCUACUCCUACUAUUCCUACUUCUCCUACUACUACUACUACUACUACUACUACUACUACUACUACUACUACUACUACUACUACUACUACAACUACUGUAGUACUACUACUAACUUUAUUACACUACUACUUUUUAUUACUACUACUUUUGCUACGGGCUGCUUUUUUCUAUUUAUACUACGUACAUACUACUUCUUUUACGACAACAACAACAACAACAACAACAACAACAACAACAACAGCAACAACAACAACAACUACUACUACUACUACUACUACUACUACUACUACUACUACUACUACUACUACUACUACUACUACUACCACUACUACUACUAAUACUACAUCUACUAAUACUACAUCUACUAAUACAAGAAUAGUAAUAAUAAGAAGAAUGAGUGAUAAUAACCAACCAUGUAUCUAUUGUAUACUUUCUUUCCUUCAUUAUUAUGCAUUUGUUUUAUUAGAGAUAUAAUCAGGUGGAGGAAGGGUUGGCCCCAGCGCUGCCUGACCCCUUCUCUCCCUCCCCCUCGUGCUUGCCUCGGCUGCGGGCCCCCCUUCCCCUCCCGCCUGACAGGUACGGUAAGGUGUGUGGCGCAGCGUCGGCCUUAUCUUGCCUCGCCAAGCGCCGCGCCGCCACACCUGUGCCGGAAAAACUGACCAAUAGCUAAUAAGAUACUAGUUCUUGUCACAGGUAACAUAAGUAACGCGCACAGGUAAUAUCACUCCCCCUUCCCCCCCCUCCCUUUCUCCUCCUGUUCCCACCCCACCCUCCUCCCGCCUCUCUCUCUCUCUCUCUCUCUCUCUCUCUCUCUCUCUCUCUCUCUCUCUCUCUCUCUCUCUCUCUCUCUCUCUCUCUCUCUCUCUCUCUCUCUCUCUCUCUCUCAUCCUGCCCAACAAAACCCAUCCUAUCCCAUUUUCUUCACACACACACACACACACACACACACACACACACACACACACACACACACACACACACACACACACACACACGUUGGCGGGUUAUUAAAAUCCAUAGUGACGGGCACCCUAAAUAGGUGGUUAUUGAAUUAUAUAAUUAAGAACACUUGCUUUCAAAUUCUAGGAAAUCAAACAAAAAAAAAAAAUAUUGUGCACGUUAUUUUUUCAACACACACACACACACACACACACACACACACACACACACACACACACACACACACACACACACACACACACACACACACACACACACACACACACACACAUUUCUUAAGAGAAUGAUUUCUAUUAGUGUAAGUCAGUUGUUGCAAUUUUUUUUAUUGAGAAUUUGUUAAAAAAAAAAGCGUUUUAUACAAAAGUUGGAUCGUAAAGGGUUGCCAAAAAUUAGUAUGGUGCACCCAAAGACUUGAACUCUGCCCAUCUCCUCCUCCUCCUCCUCCUCCUCCUCCUCCUCCUCCUCCUCCUCCUCCUCCUCCUCCUCCCCCUCUUGCCCCUGUCCCUGCCCUGCAUGAAGCACAUCCUGACGGAGCACAAGAGAGGUGCGGGCGGUCACCUCAACAGUACCGCCCGCGGCGUCACCACCACACGUUUACGCCUUCCCCGCACGCCUCCUUCCUCACCCUCAUGACGGCUCAAGUCCAGAGUGUUCUCAUGCAACAAGGAAUACUGUCGGUAAAUUGUCGUGGAGCCGUUUUUGGCAUCGGCAGCCACGCACUUCCCGCUACGACCGCCGCGCAGGAGGAUCGUGGUCGUCACCGUGAUUAGGAAUCGUAACUUUCAAAUUAAUGAUAAUGAUAUUCUCUUUCACUUUCUCUGAAAACCAUGAAUUAUCAUAUCAUAUUGUUGAAGUUUUUAUUUCAUACGAGUCUGUCUGUAUAUAUAUAUAUAUAUAUAUAUAUAUAUAUAUAUAUAUAUAUAUAUAUAUAUAUAUAUAUAUAUAUAUAUAUAUAUAUAUAUAUAUAUAUAUAUAUAUAUAUAUAUAUAUAUAUAUAUAUAUAUAUAUAUAUAAUGAGAUACUGCGAACUGUUGUUGCAUGUUGAAGGUUUACUGUUAGGAUGACCUGAUUUACGUUCUCCGGAAAAGCUGAUAUAUAUAUAUAUAUAUAUAUAUAUAUAUAUAUAUAUAUAUAUAUAUAUAUAUAUAUAUAUAUAUAUAUAUAUAUAUAUAUAUAUAUAAUCAGUAAAAGUGUCCCAAACUUGAGGUGAAUAUUUUGUUUGUUCUGAGACUUGAGGCGAGGAGGAAAGCGUCCCUCAGCUGUCAGGCUCACACACCGCACCACUCCUCCACACUCUGAGGAGGCGUUGUAUUCAACACCCUCUCUUUUAACGCAUUUUUCAUAAGCACGAUCGCCACUGAUGUCCACUAAUGCCGCGAGUGUAGCGAGCCGCUAACCUCCACACACCGCGCACACCAGAGGUGGUGGAGAGCGCCUCGCAGUGUCCAGUGAGGCGCGGCACAGCUCACUCAGUGACUUAGCAACUGUUGAGACUUGGAUUUCUAUAUAUAGAAUCUAGUUAUGGUUAGAAUAAGCCAAAUAUUCACGUCCUGAAGUUUGACACAAAUUGCCUGGGACACGUGUGUAUUGGGAAUGGCGGUAACUGUUCCACUCAUGAGGCAGUAGCCAAUAUUUGGUGUCCCAGUUUGUUUCAUUCCGGUACUGACUAAUUUCUAAAAUAAAGUUCGUGUUGAAAAUACAUAAUGUUAGAUUUUUUGAAGAUUAUAAGAUUUUAUGGUUUACAUAUCUGAAAUAUUUUCGGGUGCGUGGUGCCAGUAUUAGCGAGGCGGUCCGCGGGGCGGCGCGCGGUGCUGUGCUGCGGGCCGCUGUCCCUGGGUGGAAGGUUAGCAGGCUGAUGGUGCGUCUUGCCAUUUCUUUGGGUGAGUGAGGCUUUAACAAUACUGUAAAUAAUACUAAGUGACGCGACACGUGUGCGUUAGACACGGGCCGCCACGUUCAGUCCCAGAUGCCAAGAUUUAAUUACUCGGGUCGUAGCCGAGAGUUUUAGGCCUUAUUAAUAAUUACCUUUAUGGGAUCUAGGGUUACCUGUAUUCUACCUUUUGGAGUCGCUGAUGCAAGACCAUACACCUACAGACAUGAUAAAUUCCAGUCUGCUUGUGUCACUCUGAGUGCAGUACAUAGUACACUACUUAGACGAUCAUCUGCUUACUAAAGCUUCUCAUCACAGCUGCGGCGUUUCAUUUGUUCGAGUUUUGUUUUCGUAAAGUUUCCGAUACAUAUUUUUCUUCCAGAUAUUGAUAUAAAGUAGUAGUGUGGAAUGUGUGUGUUUUGGUGGACACUGAUGUCUGGGUCUCAGUCUGAUUCCUCAGUGCCUAGUCAGGAAAAGAGCCUCCGUGGCUCGCAUUCACUAAUGUGGUGGUGAUGGGGCGCCGCGCACUGCCAGGUUCAGGUUCUGUGCUCGCUAUCACAAAGAAAUUUUCAUGGACCUAAGCAAUACAUGAUCAUCACCCGCGCCUAAAAUACAUUUGCCUGUUGGGUUGCUGUGUGUGUUCAUACGUUUGUAUCAGAUACGUUAAGUGGUUGUUAAAUGCUUCGAGCCAACAUGGUGCUUCGACUUGUGUUGCGAACCAUAGUGUAGUUCAUCCCAGUUUACUGUCAAGUCUUACUGCUGUGGAGUGUCAUUUUUCAAUGUAUUUCGUGUGAAUACAAGCUUGGGUAACAGGGAGUGUGGCAUUAUGGGAAAGGCAGAAACGCAGAUGUCAGUGUUGGCCAAUAAUUUCUUUACAUCCUUUUACCUGGAUGAACCAAAACCGUUGUGUGUGUGCGAGGAAGAGCAACUGAGUUACUUGCUGUUGAAGUGUUCUCUGCAUAUUUGCCGUGUGGUUGUUCAGCGUGUUGGUAGAAAUGUAACAAUUUCCGCCUAGUCGCUUUAGAUGCCAUUCUUAUGUACAGUUUCAGAUGCUUUCCAAAAUAUUAUCCUAGUUGAAGUAAAUUUAUGUAGUCUGUGUAGGGAAUCGAGUUAGUUAAAUAUAUUAGAAAAAACAACAGCAACAUAUUAUUGCUAGAAAUGGUGGUGGUAGGUCUUGGCCGAAAAAAAAGUAAUAUUUUAUGAAUUAUGUAUAAAGAUAAAACUUGAAUCAAAUGAAUACUUGCGAUUGGAUUUAUGAAACUUUUAUUUUGUGUGCUUGUGCGUGUGUGUGUAUAAAAUUAGGAUAAGGUAGCAUGCCAGUCACUGUGUUCUCCAUGUUGUUUGCUCUGGCUGUACACUCCUUCCUAACAUCACACAGACAAGCCCGCACACCCGAUCCUCUUCCUGCACCCCUGUCCUCGCCCUCCCCACACACUGGCUCCCUAUAACAAACCAUUCGACCUUCAUCUGCUCCCUAAGCCUCACCUUUCGUAGACAAGUUGAUUUCCUGACUGAUUAUUUUUACAUAUAUACCAAAUUUCACUCAGUCUUAAUCAUAAAAUUACAUUCUAGCUUUUUAAACAGUAUAUAAGUAGAAAUUAGUGAAUUGUUUCAAGGGUGUUAUUAUUAUUUGUUCAUAAUUUGAGAUAAUACUUGGGUACAGUUCGAGGCGCCUUUCAAAUCCUCUCUCCUCUCUUGGUCACUCAUCUUUGGGCAUGCCAAACCCACCUUGUAAGGACCCACAUGUUAAUGAGAUGCUGCCGUUGGCUUUGACUGUAGUGUGUGCAAGUUGUGUAAUACAGUUUAAAGAGAAAUAAGAAAGCCUUAUCAACAGUGACAGCGGUGUGGCACUGAACCAAGAGUCCGUUCACACAUUCUCACCAGCAUGAUAGGGGCAUCUCAGUGUCUCACUCCAGAGAACUCCAUUUUUUUCUUCCUUGUUCAAUAUAAACCCCCCAAAAAAAAUUAAAUAAAAAAAGACAAUUUCCUGGAGUCUGUCUGUACUUCUGUCAGUGUGGCAUUAGAUUGUCUCUUUAUAGCUUAGAAACUCAUGUGUCCCAUCCUGCCAGCCCCGCAAUCCUUUAUGAUAUAUUUUUGUAAUCCUCUGUCAAGGUAUCUGGCCGCCACCCCAUUGCAGGGCUGGCAGGAAGGCAGGUGGUGGCUGCUCUGGGGUCACCAGCACGUUAACAGUUGCCAUGCUGAUUCUGUGGUUGUAUGAGGCGAAAGACUGUUAUUGGUAUGUGGACUCUGUUACAUGGACCAGGUAUAGCAACAGUUACCAUAUGAAAGCUGAUAACCAAGACAAGGACAGCUACUAACCUGCCGGUUGGGUUGUGUCCUGUACACGACUCCAAGUCAGUCACCAAGUUUUCAAUUACUAAUAUGUUUUAUAAGCCACCUCAGGCUAGUUUUUGUUGUCAGUUGAUACCUGUGAAGAAAUUGAUGGAUGAAACCAAUAAAAAAAUUAAACAAU